AUGCGCCGGAAGUCCUUCUCCUUCCUCCCAGAGAAAGUAAAAAGAAAACUACACCUUGCUUAUCCUGUUUUUGAAGGCGCAGAGGGAGGACGGGUGCAUGCACCCAUAGAGUAUAGUCAACUUAAAGAAUUGGCAGAGUCGGUCAGAAAAUAUGGAGUAACAGCCAACUUUACUCUAGCACAAUUGGACAGGCUGGCCAUGGCCGCCAUGACCCCAGCUGACUGGCAGACGGUGGCGAAAGCAUCGCUUGUCAGCAUGGGCCAAUAUUUGGAAUGGAAAGCUCUCUGGCAUGAAGCUGCACAGGAGCAAGCCAGGGCCAAUGCUAUGGCUCUGACUCCGGAACAGCAACAAUGGACGUUCGACCUCCUGACAGGUCAAGGGCGUUUUGCAGCUAAUCAAACAGAUUAUCACUGGGGUGCAUAUCGGCAAAUUGCUGAUAUGGCCAUUAGGGCCUGGAAGGCACUCUCCAAAAAGGGGGAAGUGAAUAAUCAGCUCACUAAGAUUAUUCAAGGGACCCAGGAGCCUUUUUCAGAUUUUGUGGCGCGAAUGACAGAGGCAGCAGGGCGCAUCUUUGGUGAUCCUGAAACAGCCGCGCCUCUUACUGAACAGCUUAUCUUUGAGAACGCCACUCAGGAAUGUCGCGCGGCCAUAGCCCCAAGAAAGAAUAAAGGACUACAAGAUUGGCUCAGGAUUUGUAGAGAACUUGGUGGUCCCCUUACUAAUGUAGGAUUGGCUGCUGCCAUUUUACAGUCUCAAAAGCGCCCCCUUAAAGGGCCUGACAAAAGAGUUUGCUUUAAAUGUGGAAAGCCGGGGCAUUUUAAAAAGGACUGUAGAGCAUCAGAAAGAGAAAGGGCUCCACCUACCCUCUGUACCCGCUGUGGUAAGGGCUACCACAAAGCUGAGCUAUGUCGCUCAGUAAGGGAUAUAAAGGGCAGAGUUCUCCCUCCUAUGGAGACAUUUGUGAAUAAGAAUCCAAAAAACGGGGCAGUGGGCCCUCGAUCCCAGGGCCCACAAAAAUAUGGGAACAGGUUUAUCAAGGCAACAGACGAGGCUCCCCCGGAAACAGAACAAGAGUGGACUUGUGCGCCUCCUCCGACUUCUUACUAAUGCCCCAGAUGGGGGUGCAGCCUGUC